AUGAUGGAUGGUUCCAUUCCGCCGCCGUCAUCCACCACUACCACCACCACCACCACCACCACCAUUCCAACAACGUCCUCUUCUUCAACCGUUUUCCGACCCCGCAAAUCCGAGGACUGGAAUGAGUAUCGCCCGUACAUUGAGCAUCUCUAUCGUGACAACCAGCUCAAACUCCGCGAUGUGAAGCGGAUCAUGGAGCGUGACUAUAACUUUGUUGCCUCAGAAAAGCAAUACAAGGACCGCCUGGCUGCGUGGCAUGUCCGAAAGAACAUCAAAGCCAAAGAAGUCCAUGUUAUGAUCCGAAAGCAGCAGAAGCGAGCUGCUCGUGGCAAACAAACCGCCUUCCGCGUUGCGGGACAAGAAGUCGACUCCAAGCGUAUCUCACGAUUCGUCCGUAGAUAUGGCUCAAACAUGGAAGCCAAUAACGCCCGCGAAGAUCCCCAGCUCAGUCCACAGGGUCAUCAGAUCAUCCAACAAGUCCAACACAUCCAGCAAAUCCAAAAACCUCGCCAGAUGCAAACCACGAGUCCCGAACCAGAAACACCGUCAGAUAUGAGCUAUUUCACUCCACCACCAGAUGAACGAGCAAUGACAUUAUCCCCAACAGAAACAAAAUCACAUUUUCAUGAUGAUAAACCGGAACCAGUCCGUAAUGUGGAAAUUGGAAGCACACGAUCAUUAUCAGUCUCUUCCGGAACCGUGUCCAACGAUCUGACGAAACCAAUGGCCGAUGCACUCCAAGGUCCCGACGGCUGGAUGACAUUAGAGAUGUUCCAGGAGAAACUCCUCAAGCUUUCGAGGACUCUCGACCAGUCAAUGUCCAGAUUUGUCCCUGCUGAGGAUCGAAGCCACCAGUCCUCGAAUUCUGACCAGUACCCUCGCCCCUCGGGUCAGUGA